AAUCAAAUUCCACACCACAGCCGAUAAAAACCGCAAAAAUGCCCCCAGCGCCGCCUCACAACGCCACUGUAGAUGUUAUCCGGCGGAGAUCGGCGGCACCACCAGCCGCGGCUGACGGAGCCGAGCAGCUACGACGCAUCAACCACUCCGAGAGUCCUCACCGUCCUCUCCUGCGUUCUGGAGAAGCUCGUCGCUCGGAACGAUCAAUUGAGCGGCGGCGGCGGGAAGAGCCUGAGCGCGUUCCACGGCGUGCGAUCACCGGCGAUCGGGCUGGAUAAGUACGUGGAGCGGAUCUACAAGUACACCAGCUGCAGUCCGUCGUGCUUCGUGGUGGCGUUCGUGUACAUCGAUCGGCUGCUCCACCGCUAUCCGGAUUCGCUCGUGGUUUCGCUCAAUGUUCAUCGCUUGCUCGUCACCAGCGUCAUGAUUGCUUCCAAAAUUCUCGAUGAUGAGUCUCCUCUUAAACCAAUUCAGCCGAAGGAGAUGCUAUAUCAUUUCUUGUCUCGAAAUUCGGAUCCAGUAAUGGAUGGAGAUUACCAAUUUACCCAUCUCUUCCCUCUUUCAUCGUUCCGCCGCUCCAUUCUUCAACCCCACAAAAAUCCCCACACCACCUCAUCGAUAAAUCUUCUCCAAGACCAUCACCAAAAGAAUUUCCUCAAACCAACCCCUCCUCUCCUUCCUCUUCCUCCCUGCAACGCGUCCCUUGCAAUUGUUAGGGUUUCGCCCGAUUUCGCAACCCUUCUGGGGUUGCAGCAGAAAUUAACCCCAUCUCGGAAUAAUGGAUUCUUGAAUAUGUUGAAAUUGAUGCAGAAGAUAGCCUUGCAAUUGUAUGUUGCAGCCGAGAGAGGUGCAAGCCCUAGCUCUGGUGUCUCAGGAAUUGGGGAUUCUACAAUUAGUGAUGGUGGAGCAGGGGAAAGUGAACUUGGUGGAGAUUUGAGGGAGGAUUUGGGGGGUAAUAGCGAAUUGGGUAGUAGGGGAAGGAGGAUUGAGGAGAUUUUGAAGGAGCUAAGGCCAACUGCAAUACAUGUUGAGGAUAUAUCUUAUCAGCAUGCCGGCCAUUCCGGGGUGGCCGGUAGCGAUGGAGAGACGCAUUUCAAUUGAGGGCAGAGUUGGAAUUGCAUAUGGUGGGUAUUAUUAAAAAAAAUUGACAAACAAAAUAAAAUUAGUAUUUCCGGAAGCAUUCCUAUAAGCUUGAACACAAUGAACUCAAGGAUUAAAACCAUGACGGAAUAGUGCCAAAACCGGAUCAGAUUAAAUUGAGCAUAUAUCAUGUCAGCCAACUUGAACAGCCCCUAAAUGUAGUAUGAUAUUGCAGACACUACACCAAUGCAUUCUACGCUCGAGUUGGAGGGGUGAGCAAUCCGGAAUUGAAUAAACUAGAAUUAGAGCUACUGUUUUUGUUAGAUUUUGAGGUGACUGUCAGCUCUCGAGUCUUUGAGAGCUAUUGCCAGCACUUGG